AAACACAGUCUAAAUUAAGCAUUAUGAAGUUCUGAAGUGUAUUCUUUUCAUUUACAAUCUCACUGUUGUUUAAAAGUGUUAUUUCUUUCAAUCGAAAGGAUCAUUAUGGAUAUCCCAUGGGAGGUGGAUAUGAGCCCCAACUGACAGGACCUGCCCUCAUGCCACAAUAUUCAACAGAAAAUACAAGUCUCACAUCACCAGGUGUUAACAAUGUAUCAGUUUACAACACAACUAGUAGAGGUGGAGUAUCCCAUCAAGGUAGUUUGAUGAUGGACAUUAGCAAUGCUUCUGUAAUGAAUGGAGGAGAUGUUAUUGGUCAUCAUUCGUCAAAUGCCACAUUCCAACAAUUACAGUCUCGUUUAAGAACAAAUGACCACGGUGGUCGAGGAACUUACGAGAGUCACCCUGUAGAUCUGUCCAAUCAACGACCAGAUAGUCACUUGUCACACAUGGACUUGGGAGGUUAUGCUGGGGCUCAUUACAGGGGUAUGUCUCAAGAUCGGGUCCAUUAUGAAAAUGGACAUGGUGUUCCUGAAAAUGGUAAGUUUUGUGUUUAUUAA